CCGCCGCCGCCGCGGGGGAGGCGGGGGCGAGCGGCUCCCCGCUGGCACUCGGGGGCCUCUGCUCUGCGCCCGGCGGCGGCGGAGGUCUGCCAAAGGCACGGUAGAUACACUAGAAUGGACACAGAGGAAUUCCCUCCCCCACCUCCAGAAGUUGUAGAGAACGAACCUAAAGUCUCUGGUACAAAUGAUGAUGAGGAGGAGGAGGAAGGAGAGGAGUUUGAUUUUGAUAGCGGAGAUGAGAUACCAGAAGCAGACAGACAAGCCCUUAUGCCACCUCCUCCUGAGUUUGGAAAUAACGCAGAGCAUGAAGAGGCUAAUGUCACAGGGACUGAUGAUUUAGAGAAAAAUGAGAAAAUACAGACAUCACAACCUGCUGCUGAGGGCACUCCAACAAAAGUAAACCCCUAUUCAGUUAUAAAUAUUUCACCAAUCCAAGAAAAGGAUCCGUCUUCAUCACCAGAACCAAGUCCUCAAGAUGAAAGUAUGAGUCCUAAUUCAUGCAGUGGAUACUCUGUUCCUGUACCUUGUGGCUAUGCUGUACCAUCCAAUUUACCAUUGAUACUGCCAGCAUACUCCAGUCCUGUUAUAAUACGCAGUGUUUCUGUGGAUGAAGAAGGUAUGCAGUCAGCAACUGAAGAAUGCCAUUGUAGUUCUGUAACCUCAGAGGAUCUCCAAAAUAGUGAAGAUAACCAGGUCAAGAGAGAGGAUGAUGCUUUGGCCAAGUGGGUUGCAGAUCCAGCAAAUACAGCAUGGAUGGAAAACCCAGAUGAAGUAAUUUAUGAUGAUGUGCCCAGAGAAAAUUCAGACUCUGAACCAGAGGAAAUGAUUUAUGAUGAUGUUGAAAAUGGUGAUGAUGGUGGAAACAGCUCUCUGGAAUAUGGGUGGAGUUCAAGUGAAUUUGAAAGCUAUGAAGAACAAAGUGAUUCUGAGUGUAAAAAUGGAAUUCCCAGCUCCUUUUUGCGAGGCAACCAUAAGAGACAUCUUUCUCAUGACCUAACGCGUUUAAAGGAGCAUUAUGAAAAAAAGAUGAAAGAUUUGAUGGCAAACACAGUGGGAGCAGUAGAGAUUCAGCAACUAAAGCAAAAACAUGAGCUGAAGAUGCAAAAGCUCAUGCGAGCUGCUAGAGAGGGUACCAAAGAUGGACUUGAAAAAACAAAAGCAGCUGUUAAAAAGGGUCGUUCUUUCAUUAGAACUAAAUCUUUUAUUUCUCAAGACCAUAGAUCACCGUGUCUGGAAGAAGAAGAGCUGAAUUUAUUUAUUGAUGUAGACUGUUUGCAUACAGAAGCAAUUAUGACACCUAUGCCUGAAGGACUAUCACAGCAGCAGGUUGUGAGGAGAUACAUUUUGGGCUCUGUGGUUGACAGUGAGAAGAAUUAUGUGGAUGCCCUCAAAAGAAUCCUGGAGCAAUAUGAGAAGCCUCUUUCAGAAAUGGAGCCAAAAUUGCUGAGUGAAAGAAAACUGAAAAUGGUCUUUUAUCGAAUUAAGGAAAUUCUUCAGUGCCAUUCGAUGUUUCAGAUAGCCCUGGCCAGUCGUGUAUCUGAGUGGGAUUCUGUUGAAAUGAUUGGUGAUGUCUUUGUUGCUUCAUUUUCUAAAUCUAUGGUAUUGGACGCAUACAGUGAAUAUGUAAACAACUUCAGUACGGCAGUGGGAAUUCUCAAGAAAACGUGUGCCACCAAGCCUGCCUUUCUAGAUUUUUUAAAACAGUGCCAGGAGUCAAGCCCUGAUCGAAUUACACUGUAUGGUUUAAUGAUGAAACCUAUCCAGCGCUUUCCACAGUUUAUUCUACUAUUGCAGGAUAUGUUGAAGAAUACUAAUAAAGGACAUCCUGAUAGGUUACCUCUACAGAUGGCUCUUACAGAACUUGAAACACUGGCAGAGAAAUUAAAUGAGAGGAAAAGGGAUGCGGAUCAGCGCUGUGAAAUAAAACAAAUAGCAAAAGCAAUGAAUGAACGUUAUCUGAACAAGCUACUUAGUAGUGGAAACAGAUACCUCAUACGGACUGAUGAUAUGAUUGAAACAGUUUACAAUGACAAAGGAGAAAUUGUCAAAACCAAAGAACGACGGCUUUUCAUGUUAAAUGAUGUGUUGAUGUGUGCAACAGUAAAUAUACGCUCUUCCUAUGAAAGCAGUGGCAUCGUGACAACUGGCCAGAGGUAUUUAUUGAAAUGGAGUGUACCACUGGGACAGGUGGAAGUCAUAGAGUAUGGCAGCAGUGAGGGCCAAGGGGAGAACUGCAGGUUCCCACCUCAGCACUCUGCUGAGAGCAUCAUCAUUAACUCUAAGCCAAACAAGCUGUAUAUGGGACCCGGGCAACUGUACCAUGAUCUACAGAACCUCUUACAUGAUUUGAAUGUAGUUGGUCAGAUUAGUCAAUUAAUAAGUGGCCUUAAAGGAAACUAUCAGAACUUAAACCAAUCAGUAGCCCAUGACUGGACAUCAGGCUUACAAAAACUUAUCUUGAAAAAAGAAGAUGAAAUCAGAGCUGCAGAUCGCUGUAGAAUCCAGCUACAACUUCCAGGAAAACAGGACAAGUCUGGGCGGCCAACUUUCUUUACAGCUGUAUUCAAUACAUUUACCCCUGCAAUCAAACAGUCUUGGAUCAACAAUUUACAAAUGGCUAAGCUGGCCCUUGCAGAGGAAAACCUGUUAGGUUGGUUCUGUGCAGAAGAGGAUGGAAAUCAGGUCAAAAAGGAGAAACAUCCUCUUCUUGUUAGACACAUGCCAGUGAUGAUGGCUAAACAACAAGAGUUUAAGAUUGAAUGUGUUGCCUAUAAUCCUGAACCUUACCUGUCUGGUGAUACAGAGUCAGAUUCCUGUUCCAUGGAACAUGGUUUUCUUUGGAUUGGCAGUUGUACUAAUCAGAUGGGCCAGAUUGCAAUAGUGUCAUUUCAAAACUCCAGCCCCAAGGUUAUUGAAUGCUUCAAUGUGGAGUCACGGAUUCUCUGCAUGGUCUACAUACCAGAGGAGGAGAAACCAAAACAGCUAAACAUGGCUCCUGAGACUGAAAAUGUUCUUACAAAAGCUUCUAAUGUUCCUACAAUUUGCCUCGGCAUGGAAGAAGGAAGCAUAUCUAUUUACAAAAGUUGCCAAGGCUCAAAGAAAAUUCGACUUCAACACUUCUUUGCUCCUGAAAAAUCAACUGUUAUGAGCUUAACAUAUAUGUCUCAAAACUUGUUUGUUGGCUUGGUAAAUGGGAACAUCGCAGUCUACACAAAAGCAGAAGAUGGAGCAUGGAGUACAGAACCUCAGAAGAUAGUGAAAUUGGGAGUUUUGCCUGUUAGAAGUCUGCUGGUGAUGGAAGAUACCAUUUGGGCUGCAUGUGGUGGACAAAUUUUUAUAAUCAGUACUGUGACACAUACCAUAGAGAGCCAGUUUGAAGCACAUCAGGAAGAAGGGAUGGUAAUCUCUCACAUGGCUGUUGCUGGCGUAGGCAUCUGGAUUGCCUUCACAUCUGGAUCUACACUUCGCCUGUUCCACACUGAGACCCUGAAACACCUCCAGGACAUUAACAUUGCCACGCCUGUUCACAAUAUGUUGCCAGGGCAGCAGCGUGUUUCUGUGACCAGCCUCCUGGUGUGCCAUGGUUUGUUACUGGUUGGAACAAAUCUGGGUAUAAUAGUAGCAUUACCAGUACCUCGCUUGCAGGGGAUUCCCAAAGUAACUGGAAGAGGAAUGGUGUCAUACCAUGCACAUAAUGGCCCAGUCAAAUUUCUUGUAAUGGCUGCAGCUAUAAACAAGAAAAACAAAAACAAAUCCAGGAGCAGCCUGCCUCCUAGCUCUGAAUCCAAAGAAGAUGAGCAAAAGAACAUUCUGCACAAUGAGAGACCAGGUUCUUCCCUUAGUAGUACCCACGAUACUGCGAUUUGGCUGGGAGGUUCAGUAGGAUCCAUCACACAAAAAAGUGACUUGUCUUCAUCUUCUGGAUCCCUGACGUUGUCUCAUGGAUCAAGUUCUCUAGAACAUAGACCGGAGGACAGUAACAUUUAUGAGCUUUUGAAGGAUCAGAGUAUCUCAUGUAAAAGUAAAAGACAGAGAUCCAAGAAAAUGAAAGCAAGUUCAGUAUUAGUAAUUUCUGGAGGUCAAGGUCAUAGAAGAGUGAACAAGAAGACCAAACAGCAGCGACAAGAUGAACUAGUGUCUUCAGUGAUGGUUUGGCAAAUCCCACUGUUAAAUAUCUAAGUGAAUAAAAGCCAAGAUACUUUCUCUUGUUUAAAAAAAAAUGAUAUCAUCUUUUAAUAGCAAAUGCCAGAUUAGGACACAACCUAAUAGACUUUAUAUAUGGAACCAAGUUCACUAGAAAUUGAUCACUUGAUUAAAGGCUGCAAGACAGAGUUUUCACAUAUUUAGAACACUCUUCAGUAUUAGGUUAUUGGAAAACAUUUAGCUGUUGAUGCUGUCUUUGAUUCUUAAAACAAAGGAUUUGUUAGACCCUUUUAAAUGUUUUUAGAAUCUCUGCCUUAUUUAUAUGCACAUUUAUAAAUAUCAUCAUUAUGUUCUAUAGCACUUCGGGAAGGCAAGGAACACAUGCCAUGUUGCAUGCUGGUUUUUGCUUAUGUAAAUCAGCUGUUUGUUUCUUUUUCCAAAAUGAUAUGUUACAUGAUGUAGAUUUUAACAAAUUAGCAAAUAUUUUUAAACAAUAAGUAUUCUAAUACAGGCUAAUAUUAAUUUGAUAAUCUCUAUAAUAUUUUGUGACAUAAUCUACAGGCCUGCGUUUGAGCAGGAAAAAAAUCAUGCAAAAGCCAGUUCUAGUAAUUGAUUGGUAAUUGUUUAUUUGAACAUAGAAAAUAGACGUUUUAUUUCUAAUGUUCAGUAUUAUUGAAAAACUUUGCAGGAUAAAAAGUGCGUUAAUUUUUUUGGUAGGUGCAGUGUGUCUGUGACUCUCCUUCAUUGUACAGAGAAAGUUCUAGGACAUUGUGGCUUAGGAUAAAUAGAAAAUGCAGAUAUAGAGCAGCUGUGCAUUCUAGUGCUGCUAACACCUUCUCUUUCUGACAGUGGAAGGUGCACCCAGUAUCAAAGCUAGGCAUAGACUUUAUGCUAUUUUUAAGCAGGUGUAAACUUGCGGUUUGUAAUAGCGAAGCAGGUGUAACACGAAGAAGUGCAUGGCCAUCCAGUAAAUUAACAGUGAACACAGAAAUGUUUUAAUAUUGCAGUAUCUAUAGGGAGUACAUGUAAUCAGUGUGGGUAUACAUGUCAGUUGAUUUGUGCUGCAUCCUUAGUAAAAAUCUUUCACUUAAUGUCAUUGAGCAACUGCAGACAGCAGGGAUACGGUCAUACUUGAGCAGUGGUGACCCCUUUUCACUCAGAAAUUCAGAAGAGCAUCAUCUUGUAAAUGUACAUUGUGAAAAUACCGUGCACACUGUUUUCUUGCAUUUCUUCACUUGGGACAAGGUGUUGCUUUGGUAGUGGUAGAGGGCUGAAUUCUAAAUGGCAACCUAAUCAUCUUUUCUUAAGGAAUGGAUAUAUUUCCAAAAGGAAUUUCAAAUUUAUUGUGACUACUAAAGUUGUUUUUGUGCUAGGGUUUUUCUCUCUCUGCAUGUGAAAUAUCAGACAAAGCCUUCAGCUCAAACAUUACCAAAAAUGGUGAGGAGACACAUUUUUAAAAUAGAUGCUUAAUUCAAAUAGUGUGUUGAAUAGAUUCACUGAGGAUGUCCUUUUCCUUUGACAAUAGACUGAAAGAUGUAGAAAAUUUAGGACUAAGUUUCAUUUAGAUACAUUAAGAACUCUAAUACCAAUGAUCUAUUCAGUAAAAUAUAAAAGAAAUGUAUCUGAUACAGAGCAUAGGUCAAGUGUUUUUAUUGACUAGAAUUAAGUGUAACUUUUGAUUACAUUGAGACUCUUUUUAUUACAGUAAGGGAAUGGCCUCAAAUUGUGUUUGUGAUUUCUAAUAUGAAUGCCGUGAUUUCACCAUGUUUUGUUUCAAUAUGCCUAGUUUGAAUCAACAUCAGCCAUAAGCACAGUGUUUCCUAGCAUGUUACAUUUCAAGGUAAACCAUACUAAAGACUGCAAAUCAUCUUGUUCGAUAUAAGACAGAGUUUAAAAACAAGUAUGUUUUUUAGGUAUUACUGAAAUUUCUGUUUUUAUUUUGCAACAGAUUCAUACCUUUCUAAAUGUUCAUUCCAUCUGCUUUAGAAAGCAAACUAGUAUCAAGGUGAAUCCAAAAUCAGUGGGUGAGCUGACUCACUAAGUUGGAUGGAGCAGGACAAUGAUGUUGUGUCUUCCCUGCCACAGGACACAAAGUUCACAAGGUGCAAGUGAAUCUUGUCUGCUAGAUGGCACCAGAAUGGACCUUUCAGAAAUGACAUACCACCCAGCUUCCUUUUCAGUAGAGUUUGGGCCACAUCCUGCAUCCAGAUCUGAACAGGAAGAUUCUUGACCCAUAAUGGACAGUGUGGAUUCCAGUGAGUUGUGAAGGACUUCUGUUAUGGGUUGGAUUGUAGGCGUAGGGUCUUCAUUACUGCUUUGUGCUUUUAUUCUAUCUUUCUCUAUGUAUCUCACACCUUCAGUAGGGUGUUGUCAUCAUUGGUAUGGGUUUAGUGUUAGCAUAAGUCCUAGUGCACCAAAAAAAAAAAAAAAGUAGAAUGCCUCUAAACCAGCCUGCUGGCAACUUUUGGCCAACCUUUCCUCUUCUUCCUGGCCUAGUGCCUAAUCUUGCCAGACCUUGAGGAUCAAGGACAGUUGCAUUUUUCUGUGCUCUUCCAUAGCUAUGGCCCUGGGAGUUGCUCUUUGCCCACUAUGUGGAAGUACUAAGCUGUACAGUUUAAUGUAUGUAUAUUGAAAAAAUGUUGAAGAGAUUUUUCUGUUUAUAAAGCAUAUAUAAUUUAAUAUCCCUUUGUUUCACUACAGUAAAAAGAUUACCAGUUUGAUUUUGCAUGCUCCUUAAGUAUGGAAUUGCAUUUCCUUGCUUUCGUGGCUGAAGGAUUACACACACUCUCUCAUGGGUCUUUAUCACUAGGAACAGUAAGCUGAGUCCACCACAUAUUCAACUGGAAAGUGUGUAGAAUUAUUACAGGAUCUGCUAGCAAUAAUGCAUGCCAGUUUUAAACUUGUAAGGGAAAUUUACCCCAUCCUCCAGCUGAAAUGUAGUUUUCUUCAGUUUUAUUAAUAAAACAGUAGAAACAAAGUGCAAAGCUCUUUUGAAAGUCCAUCAAAGUUUUGCCACUGACUUCAGUAAGAACAGAACUGGAUCCUUUAUUUGCUUUAUACUAUUUUGAAAAUAAACAUGUCUGUCUAAGCUGUAAAGUAAUAGAGAAGCUAUAUAUUUUGUUAUAGCAAUACACAGAGUAAUGAACUAGAUUUCUAGUAACUAAUUGUGCACAACAUGCAAUGUUUAGUUUCUAACACUAACUGACAUUUUACCUUACUCUGAAAACAAACACAAACCAAAAGGUAUUUUGCAGAUGACAAAUAAUCUUUAUAGCUGUAGUAGACUAUGCUGCUAGGUAGGUUGGAUUCUGCUUUCUGAUGCUGCUUUCCUAGAUUAAUAGAAUUUAUGGAAAAGAGUAGGAGAAAAGGAGAACAAAUGUAAGCAUUACAAUAUAUUCCAUAUAUAUUUUCUAAUAAAUAAUAGUAUCUUUUGUAACAUGAGCCAUAAAACUUGUGUAUUUAUGUCCAAAGUAUAAACUGAGAAAAAUGUUUAAUAAAAAAAGUCAUAAAAAUCAAAA